AUGAUCAGCGACUCUAUCUUCACUUUGACACAUGAUUCUAAACUUGACGAUCUGCUGGCUGCGAACCAACAGUGGUCCAAGACAAUGAACGAUCUGCACCCCGGUCUGUUCCGCGAGUACAACGCGAAGGGCCAAAAUCCGCACACUCUUUUCAUCGGUUGUUCUGACUCGCGCUACAACGAGGGCUGCCUGGGUGUGCUGCCGGGCGAAGUGUUCACGUGGAAAACAGUGGCUAACGUCUGCAGCCCAGAGGACCUGACCUUCAAGGCUACAUUGGAGUUUGCCAUUAGAUGCCUAAAGGUUAACAAAGUGGUCAUCUGCGGUCACACCGAUUGCGGCGGCAUCAAGACCUGUCUGACGGGACAAAUAGAGCCAUUGAACGACAAAGAAGGCUUGAACUGCCAGCAUUUAUACCAAUACCUGCAGGACAUCGACCAAAUGUACCACGAAGAAAAGAGCCAACUGGCAAAUCUACCUACACUCGACGCGAAGAGCAAAUACCUAUCACAAUGCAAUGUCAAGAGACAGUUUGCCCGCGUCAUUGAAAACGACACUGUGAAAACGGCCAUCGCGAACAAGGAACUCGAAGUCUACGGUCUAGUCUACAACGUCGACUCCGGUUUGCUCGAUCCUGUGAUCUCCAACUAG